UGGUUAGUGAACAGAAGCCUCCAGGAACACCCACGGAAGCCAGCCAGGAUGCUCUCCAUUUUCAACAUCUGGAGCACGUUCAGCAACGUGCUCUUCUACCUCAGCCUCGCUGUCAGUCUGGCAGGGCUGGGGGGCAAUGCCCUGCUGCUCUGGCACCUCGGUCUGCACAUCAAGAAGGGCCCCUUCAACAUCUACCUGCUGCACCUGGCUGCCGCCGAUUUCCUGUUCCUCUCCUGCCAGGUUGGCUUCUCUAUCGCUGAGAUGGUGUUGGGCCAUGCGGUCACUCUGCAUUUCCCCAUCGUCUUUCUGUGGUUUGCCGUGGGGCUCUGGCUGCUGGCUGCCUUCACUGUGGACUGCUGCCUCACCUACAUGCUCCCCUCAUUCUGCAGCCUCAACUGCCGCCCUAGGUACACCUCAUUUGUGCUCUGCCUCCUGAUCUGGGCACUGACCAUGCCAGCCGUGCUGCUGCCAGCCAACGCCUGUGGCCUGCUGUACAACGGGAUGAGCCUGCUGGGCUGCUUCAAGUACCACUGGAUCAGUAUUGUCUGGCUAGGGGUGCUGGUGAGCAUGGCCUGUGGGGCAGCCACGGUUAUCCUAAUCUGUGGGAACUGCUGCUCUUUGCAGCCGCCCCCCAAGUUCUGCAAACUGGCCCAGUGCUCCGGCAUCCUGCUGUUCUUCUGUCGAGUGCCCAUGAUUGUCUACUGGAGCCUGCGGCCGGUCAUAAAAUUCCUGCUCCCCUUCUUCUUGCCGUUGGCCACUCUCCUGGCCUGCAUUGACAGCAGUGCAAAGCCCCUCUUGUACUACAUGAAGGGCAGGCAGCUCGGGAAAAGGGAGCCUCCGAGGGUAGUCCUCAACAGGGCUCUGGGGGAGGAGCCCCAGUCAAGUCUUGGGGCUCUAUCCCUGCCCAUGAGCCAAGUGUAGAGAGUGGCCAUCCUGUGCCCACCUCCCCUGCCCUCCUAGAUGCCAGGGAAUCCCCAGUCACGUUCAAACCCUUGCUGUGGCCCACCUCUGGUCCUGAGGAUUUCAAGGCUCCCUCUCACAAGCAGGGGAGAAGGGAAAGGCUCCAGACUGCAUGUUGAACAUGCAUAGGACAUAGCAAGAAGGACAGGGAUAGACAGAAGAGCAGGUGCAUGAAGGAGGACACCAGAGCUACAGUGAAGGCACGUGGCCUACAUCCCUCUGUCUCUAAAGCAUCCAACCCAAGAAAACGGACCCUCAGAGCCACCACCCCCCCCCCCCAGUGGGCCAGGCAACAGGAGCUUCGCUUUCUCCUGUCAUUAAUGGGCCAUGUGACUGGAACCUCCUGGGAAGCAUUCUCUGCUCUUGGGGGCAUCGGGACCUUAUUUUGGAUGCAUCCACUAAAGGGUCUUAUAUAAACCGUUCUUUCUCCCUCCCUCACUCCAACAUUCCCCACAAAACCUCAUGAUCCAGGUGACAAGGCUGUCUCCCCAAUGCUCUAGCCUGGUGUUAUUCUCGGAGGCCACGAGGUGGUGCUGUUUCAUCACUAAACAGAACCAGUCCGUCCCGCCCCCAGGGUCACCCCAAGUUGUUGCCUCCUGGCCACUUCUGCCUCUCAGGUGCCCCCCUCCCCCAGAGGGCCUUCACAGUGCCAUCAGAGUGCCCCCUAGCCCCUACUCAGAUCCCAUGCCCAUUUCUGGGCUCCUGCAAGGUUGUGAUCAGUCAAGCUAUCCCUGCAGCCAGAUUCACCUACAGUUCGAGAAA